UGUCCCGUAAUAAAGUGAACUAGUACGUUCUGACAUUGCAGUAAUGGUCAUUUAUCAAUUCUAUGAAACUAAUCAAAUAUGACACAAAGUGUUGUGUUAUGACUGAUGACCUGAAUUGCCCCAGUUAAUACAAUUUCGAUUUUCCUAUGAAGCUAGUAGUCCACUACUCAAGGAGAUGAGGGUGGUAUUGCUUGGACACACUGCUGGUGGAAAAUCCUCAGCCGUGAACACCAUCCUGGACAGACAGGAAUCUGAUGUGUCCCAAGGAAAACCCUUCUGCAUGAAGAGAGAAGGAUGCAUCGCAGGGAGACAGAUUACCUUGGUCGACACCCCAGGUUGGUGGAGUAACUCCCUGCUCCCAAACACUCCUGAAUGGACUCAAAGGGAGAUACUGCGUAGCACGUCUCUGUGUCCUCCAGGACCACACGCCGUGUUGCUGGUCAUCCGGGCGGACUGUGCAUUCCAGGAGAGGAGCCGUGUGGCGCUGCAGGAGCACCUUGGCCUUCUCAGCGUGCCUGUGUGGAGGCAUGUUCUGGUGUUGUUCACUUAUGGAGACUGGCUGGGAGACACAUCCAUUGACCAACACAUCGCGAGCGAAGGAGAAGCCUUGCAGUGGGUUUUGGAGAGCUGUGGGAACCGGUACCACGUUCUCAACAACAAGGACAGAGGAGACUUUACCCAGGUGACCAGGCUGCUAGAGAAGAUAGAAGACAUGGUGGCGGCAAAUAAUGGCAGCCAUUAUGAGAUUGACACACAGAUUCUGGCAAUGAUGAAGGAGAGAAACAGCAAUGCAAGAUGUGAGGAUUUUUCCAAGAAGACAACCAUCUUCAACCAGGAGAAGGUCACAAUAGUCAGUAGAGAGAUGAUGGGUGAAGAAAAUCACAGUAACGGCUUUGGCCCACCAAAUAUGACAAGAGAACCCCAACCUUUCGAAAAUAUGAAAAUCAGGGAUGCAGAUUUAGAGAUAGAACAAGAGAUACUUCCAAAAAUUAAUCAGAGCAUUGUGUUUGGUCCACCAAACAUGCAAGGGGAAGUCAGCUCUGAUGCUGCCUAUGCGUCUGGGACUACUCAAUCUUUUCAAGUCAGUGAGUGUGGAAGUGGGCCGCUCUCAUCAGCUUCCUCUUUUAAGAGUUCUGGGUUCAGCUCUCUACCCAAAGCCACAGGAAACACAGGAACAUUGAACUAAUGCAUCUGUAAUAGUAUGUUUGUCAUUUUAGGGAGAAAUUAGUUGCUGUUAAGAAAGUGAUAAUAAUAGUGUAUUCGAUAUAGUGUCAUACAGCAUGCCUUGUUACUUCCAAUGUGUCAAUGGCUCUGUUACUGGGGUCAAUUCCAUAUACUUCUUAACUACCUGGAACUACACUAAUUCAGGUAAUGUUACGUUUUCUUAAGAACAAGUUUUUUUUUUACAUUUUACUUUGUAAUAAUAUAUUUUCCAAAUAUGUAUUUUUGUGGACAUAGUCUGGAUGCUUUGCUAAUCAUGUCCCAAUAGGAAGGACCAGUUGCACCGAAUUGCAAUUUAUUUUUGUUGAAUGCUCAAUAAAAGCUUGAUAAAGUAAA